UGCUCUUUUCUCCUCCAGGUCCAUGUCCAAUACAAUCACUUCUCUGUCGCAGCGGCGAUGCACGGUCGACAGACCCGCUUCCAUCCCAACAGCACUCAUGCUUUCACCGGACCGCAUCGCCAAAGCUUCACCCUUGAUCCGUCUCAGAAGCGCAUGCUGCUGCUCCAGCUCGCCAUCAUCCCUGCCUCCGCGUGCUAGAGCUCAGCUCAGCGUGAUCACGUAGGGAGUGCAGCAAUGUCUCGACUGGAUACUGAGACACGAAGCAGCUCGCCUGUCUUCGACCUUUGACGUCAGACAAUGGCCAGUUUGAAGCCGGGCGCAGAACUGCGAGCGAGCUAUCCUUGCUUCCCUCAUCUGCCGGACCUCGACGCUUUGCUUCUGCCUCCCCACAGCUUCCUCACCACUCCAGCCCAUCAUGUCCUGGUCUAGCAAGGAUGACGUGCCAAUACUCACCGUCUACGCUAGUGGAGCACACGACGAAGCCAGUGGCCAAGCAGCCAUCGCUGUCUUCCUGGCCCAGCGCGAGUACUCAGACUACGACAAAAACGAGCUGAUGACUCUCCCUCUUGAACCAUUUGACGUAGUCCUAGCCGGCUACUGGAUGAGCUCCUCGACUAAGGACAUGGACCGUGAGGUGUUGACUGACGCGCAGCCGGCUCUCCAAGGCUAUUGCUCGCGCUCUGACGCGCAUGCCGUCCGUCGCCCGCAUCUCCAUACGUUCGAGCAACGAACUCUGCGUCAGAGAUCCGCUACUCGCCUCUACGUGUCUUUCGCCCUCGUUUCCACAUUAUGAUGCUCAUCUGUCUCUGUCUCUCGUCGCUGCUCAAGAGAGGUACAUUUAAAUGUUUGGUCGAGAAGCAAGAGAAGAAUUGACCGGGGGGCGCGAGAUGCUGAUCUGGCCUUGCCUCUUCCUCUCGCACGCACGCACAGCCUGGCAGGCAUAGCCUUGGAUGAUCAGGACGCAGAGCUGGCACGAGGGCAAGCGUGAGCGUGAGCGUGCCUGAAUGCGGAUGAUGAAGCAAAGAAAGAAGGCGCGCUCGCCCGCUGUCGUCUCCCCUCGUGAGGUUGCGAGCUCGUCACCGGGUGGAGCGAGGGAGCAACUGCCGCUUUCCAUCUCCAUCGAGCCCGCUCCCCUCGUCACGCCACUUUUGUACCUGCUUAGCUAGCCGCGCUUUCCUUUGAAUUAUCUUGUCUCGCCCUGCUCGCGCAUGCUGUGGUGGUGGAGAGAAAGGUGAAAGGACAGAGAGAGGGAAAGGCCAAACCUCGGAAACACG